AUGAUUCUAGACGAAAGUCGAGUUGAAGCAACCGAAACUUUGCGAUCAUCGGAAAAAAAUUUGAGUAAUUUUGAUCUGAAGGUAGAAAAUGGGAAAUUAAGAGCCGAUAAUAUGGAAUUGCAAUAUAAGAUAGACAAACUUAAUAAAGAACUUGAAGAGUCGAAAGAACUAAAUGAAAUGCUAAUAAAAAUAAAUGAGAAAUUCGAAAAAGAGAACGACAGACUUUAUGAACGAAUCGAUUUUUAUAAGAACCUUCAGAUGGCAAGAAGCAUGAAAAAAAGCUCAAAGCCUAAACGUAAACAUCAAAGGAAUAAUGAUAGUAAAGAUUCGGAUGAUGAAAUUAUUGACGUGGAUGUUGAAAUGGACGAAAAGGAUGAAAAGGACGAUAAGGAUGAAAAGGACGAUAAAGAUGAAAAGGACAAUAAAGAUGCAAGGAUGGAAAUGAAGACCAUUUUGAAAACUAUGCCUGCCAAAUUCGACCUGGACUAUGAUCAAACACGUAGAAAUUAUGACGAUAUGUUGCAAAAUUUUGUCGUCCAACUUCCGAACGAUGCACCACAAUGGACAUAUGUAGAACCAGGAAAUGGUAAUGUCGUAUAUAAUUCUGAUAUAGGAUACGAGAGUAUAUACGAUGACUAUAUGUACGAUGAUGCUGACACCGUUGUGAAUGAAGUUGAUGAUGAAAGUCGUCUUGAAGGUGUUAUAUUAUAUAAAUAG